GCAGAAAACACAUCAAAUCGCUAAAAACCACUACGAAGAGCUACUUCUCGAAAAUGCUCUCCAUUCAGCAACUGAUCAAAGCUCUCCGCAAACUGCAAAACAGCUGCGCUAGCAAUAAUGGCCGAGAUUUGAUAAAAGAAAACCUCAAACGAGUUGCCGUCGUUGCUUCAGCAACCAAUACUACAAGAAAUGUAGUAUUAGGAAUGUCGGCGUCAGUAUCACCCACUCGCCAAACAGCCGAAGGUGCAGCUGAAUUUGGACCAACCAUUGUAACGUCACUACCAACGCUAAACGAUGCAAUGAUAUCACCAAAACAACCCCGAAAACUUAAGCGAGAGCAUGAGCAACAGCUGUUGCUGGCCACCAAUUCUAGUCAACCACAACAACAAAAAGAGCAAUCAUAUCAACUAGAACAAAGGCAGCAUUCACAAGUACACGAAGUCAACUGUCAAGUUGGUCGACAACGUAGCGUCAGUCUUGAUUCGCCUGCGAUUGAAAACGGUGGUGUCACUGCUGGUCCGGAAUACCAAAUUGCCGUGAAUUCAUUGAAGACGACGUCGACAAGCGCGCAAGCUUCGAAUUACACAACAUCACUUAUUUAUACUACAACAACACAGUCCCAACAGAUACAUAAAUUCUAUCAGCAGCAUCUGCAUCAUUUCCAUACCCAAAACAAUAAAAGUUUGAAAAAUAAACAAACACAAUAUAACACAAUGUCAUCUUUGGCUGCUGAACCCAAAGCUCUAAAACAGGCUGAUCAGACUGGAGCCACUACAAAUGGACAACAUCCGUCUCAGGAUGCAAGCAGCUCGAAUGGUAGUUGUUGCAAUGGCAAUGAACGGAAAAACUCAUCCGAUAAACCAUGUUUCAAUACAGGACUGGGACAAAUCCUACAAUUUAUGGAGUUGAUAGGCAAUUUAAAGCAUACAAAGCGUACCGGUUGGGUACUGCGCAACGUCAGCGACCCUGAAUCCAUCUCCGGCCACAUGUAUCGCAUGAGCAUGAUGACGUUCCUAUUAGACGGCAGCGAAGGGCUCAAUCAGAUACGUUGCAUGGAAUUGGCGCUGGUGCACGAUUUGGCGGAGAGUGUUGUCGGCGAUUUGACACCGUUCUGUGGCGUUUCUAAGACGGACAAACGUGCAAUGGAAUUCAAAGCAAUGGAAGACAUUUGCAAGCUGAUUGAACCACGGGGCAAGCGUAUCAUGGAAUUAUUCGAGGAGUACGAAGCGGGCGAAAGCGCCGAAUCGAAGUUCGUUAAAGACCUGGAUCGACUCGAUAUGAUUAUGCAGGCAUUUGAGUAUGAGAAACGUGAUAAGUGUCUAUUAAAACACCAAGAAUUCUUCGAUUCCACAGAGGGCAAAUUUAAUCAUCCAUUCAUUAAGAAGCUCGUUGAUGAGAUUUAUGAGCAGCGGCAGAGCUUAGCGCGCGCUGAAGGCGCUACGCCACCACCACCGGUGGUGGUGCCCGACAUAGAAGCAUUGCCCAGCGUCAAUGGCCAAAGUAGUAGUGGCCACGACGUGGCACCGGCGCAGGCCACUAUUGAGGAUUCGCCAAAAAGCAAUACCAGCGCCUCAAGUUGAUUGCGCAGCGUGUAAAAGUGCGUACAACAGCAGAGGCAAGAGCGAACAGCUUAUAAGCCAUAGAAACUUGUUAGUCACGGAGUUUGACAAAAAUAAAGAAAUAAAAUUCUUUCUUCUAAUGGAGCAGAAAUCGCUAAAACUUUAGGCGUAUAUAGAUAGCUAUUUAGUCUGUGUAUAACAAUUUACUUUUGUUUUGCACCACACAAACCAAAUCAAUCUUAAUUUUUAGAGCAACUAUCAUUGUUGUUUCAUUAUUUUAUAUUUAAGUGCAUGUAGUUUGAAUUAACUUUAUUAUGUACGUGGUAGUAAAUAAUAUUUUAUUAACCACAGAAUUACCUGUACGCUAUGACAAAAGGUUGUAAAGCGAAGAAUUUUAAUUUUGUUUUUCUUUUGUUGUGUUAUAGCGAAGACAGUUAAAUAUUGUAAACUUAUUUAGCGAUAUAAGUAAUUUACUUUUCCAUGCCGCAGUUAGAAUAUUGUAAAAAUUAAGCAAACAAACUGAAAAGCCAUUUUAUCUAAAAUAAUCUACAGUUUAUAGUAUCAACAACUAAAUAAUGAAAUAAUGAAAAAUAAACUUAAAACUAAGAAAAAAUAAAUCUAUAUAUUUAGCUGAAAGUUUGUGGAAAUGGACUUAGCGUUAAUCUCCAAUUUCUCUUUAGAUUCAAAAUAUUUUUUGCUCUAUUCAUGCAACGUGUGAUAAUUGCAAUUUCAAUUUCAGAUUCCAUUAAGGAAAGUAUUUAGUUGUAGAUACUACUUAACCUAUGUGCUUUAUUUUCCACUACUAAUUUCUUCCCAGGUAAAAUACAAUCACCCCUAUUGUGAGUGUCGACUAGUAGUAGAUAAGCGACUAUUAGUCGAUGAUGGAAUAUCCAUGGUAUUUUGAAUGUCGUUUUCUCGUUCAAUAAGUGAGUGUGAAUAGUUUUAGUCGCUCAUUAUUCUACAAAAAAGAGUUGUGAAAGGAUAAACUACUGAUAACUUUUCACAGUCGCUUAUUGACCAAGAAAUGGACAUUUACAAUACCAUGGAAAGUCGAUAAUCGGGUAACAGUCCUUUAUCUACAAUUAGUCGACACUCCCUAUAGGGGUGAAUAUUUUCAACAAAUAUACAAUUUUUGGAUGAUUAGGAGUAAUCAUUAAGAGCAGAAAGAGAAAUUAGCUACCAUUAACAUUUGAUAUUUCCAAAUACAUAUGCAUGUACAAAGGUGUAUACUGAAAGAUUUGUAAUUUGAAAGACAGUCGUAGGGUAUAAAUAAAUGCAAUGAGAAUUAGAUGUAUAGAAGAGUAUAAAAAUAAAAUAAAAACACAGACAUUGUACGCAUUUUAAGCUACAUACGCAUUAAACCACACCAAAUUAUUUUCUCAUCGAUGACCAUCACCUAACUCUAUUUUCAUUUGAAUUUUUUAAGCACUCCAAAGUUUUUGUUGUAGCUUUAAGUUUGUAAAACAUAUUAUAUCGCAUGUAACUUAAGUUGAAAUCUAGUGCGCUUGAAGCCAGCUCAUAAACACAUCUUAAAAGUUUGACAUACGUAACUACGUAUUCACACUUCUAAAGAAAAAGUAUUUUAUUAAAGCGACCCAUACGUCUUUUAUUUUGAGGUAGUCUGGAAGAAAAUGGCUCUAAUAACGAAUAUUAAUCAAAAACUUUGUACUUGUGUUAAACUUUAAAAGAAAUAAGAGAAUUGAAACUCUUAAAACUUGCAAUUCGUUUUAAAAUAUUGUAAAUUGGUUCGAGUUUUAAUCCAAUAGUUCGCUCAAUUUCAUAAAAUGUAAUAUUUUUGUUCCUAAAUUUUAAGCCGAAACACUAUAUGAAUAAUCAAACACAAGGAAAAAAUUAAAUUCGCGAAAACACAACACAAAAAACUGCUUUUGUAUUAUUUUCUGGCGGGUCAAUCUUAUUUAGAGUGUGUAUAUAGUGAGAUUGUUGAUAUUUUCAAAAAUAUCGUUUUUCGAUAUAUCGAAGUGGCGAUAUUGAAAAAACCGUCGUAUCGAUAAUACCAUUUUGGAAAUAUCGAUAUAUCGCACUAAAAAUCAUUUGAAAUUUGACAGCAUUAUUUAAGAAUCCUUGUUCAAUAAUAGUUUAAAAUAAAAAGAAGAAUAACUUACAGUAUGAUUUAUUUUACAUUUUCGAAAUGUGAAAAAUCUGUUGGCAGACAUAUAUCAAUCCUUAAAGCUCAGUUAUGCAAGACUUAGACUUGACUUCACUUGUGUGUAUGUAUUUACACAAAAAAAAGCUUCACUUAGAAAUUUGGAGAACUAUAGAUUUUUGAUUUCUAAGUGCAAAGAGAGCCGUGAGAUAAUAAUGCUGUCAUUUAAAU